AUGACGUCAACCUCUUCUCCGUUUCCGCUGUUUCGUCUUCCUCAUAUUGUAUUAUCAGAAGUUUUCAACUCAACGACUCCUGAUGAAAUAAUACGAAUCUCUCUGUGCUCGAAAAGAGCUGCCCGAGUCAUAAAGUAUACUUCUAGCAAAUGGAAAAAGAGAAAAGAUCUGGAAUUGGUUUUGCAAGGAACCCAACCAUCCGUUGUGCAAUAUGAGGAGAUCUCCCUUCUAUCGGUAUCCCAUAUUUCUGAAGUAGAAGAUCAGAGACAGCUUGAGAAUAUGAAGAUUGGGGAGUCGAUUGUUCCAGUGGACACAUCAAAUAUGGUCACUUACUGGAAGGAUAAACUAAAAGGAGUCAGAAGUGUGAUGGAGUACGUCAUGGACAUUUUCAACUCUGAAAUCGAAACUUUUUAUAUAACCGAAGACGCAACGUCAUCCGAGAUUCACUAUAUUUUCCAAUGGAUGGCUAAAAGGAAAACUGCAUUCUCCGCUGGAGAGGCAUGUCCUCUUCUGAAACAUCUACAAUUUGUAUUCGAAAAAAUCUUGAAUCUGGAAGAAAUGAUUGAAGGAUUGGAUGGAAUUAAAGUGCCAGAUGAUAUUAUAAGAGAGUAUAAGAUAUUUCCGGACAAGAAUAUCAGCUUACCGGGAGGCUACGAUAUCAAACGGAAUGAUGGAACCAUUGCUACAGUAUGCACAGAAACUCAUCCUGAACUUCCGAUAACACGCUUAAAAAUUGCGGUCUGGCCAGAAAUAAAACUAUCAUUGUGCUCUAAAAAGGCCGGACUCAUCAUCAGAUACACUUCGAAGAAAUGGAGAAACCUCGGACGUUUGAAGUUAGUUCUUCGAGACACCGAACCAUCCACUGUUCAACACUCUGAUUGUACACUUCUCGCAGUUUCUGAUGGUUCUGCAAUGAAAGAUCCAAGAUACCUUGUGGAUUUCAAGAUUGGAGAGAUAAUUGUACCCGUGAACAUAUCAAAUAUGAUCACUUACUGGGCGGAUAAACUAGAAGGAGUCGGAAGUGUGAUGGAGUAUGUCAUGGAUAUUUUCAACUCUGAAAUCGAAGUUUUUGAUAUAAAAGAAGACGCGACGUCAUCCGAGAUCCACAACAUUUUCCAAUGGAUGGUCGAGAGAAACACUGUGUUUUUUAGCGUUGAUUUCGAUAGUGGUCAGACUACAUCCGAAGACCUCAACUUCUUUUUCCAAAAUAUCAAAACUUCUGGAUGCCUGCAAAUUCGCGGAUCACCUAACAGGGACUAUCGUAAUCCAUCAAAUUCAUGCUUCUCUUCUCUGAAAUAUUUCAUCAAUAUAAUUGAUGCGUUUUGGCUGGAAAAGUGGCAUUUGGGUUCAUUGAAUUGUUCUAUCAUCUGUCUAUUCAACACAUCGUUUUCUUGUGUGGAUAUGAAUGUUUACUUGAGAAAAUGGAAGAAUGGACAGGCGUUUUCACUUUUGAAUAUCGGAUUUUUUGAAAGUUCUGAUAGGAAUGUGGAUCAGUUGCUAGAUGGAUUGGAUUCAACGGAAAUACCAAUUGACACGAGAAGAGAGUAUAGAAGUGUUAGAAUAUAUAUGUGCUCCAAAAAGGCGUCUCUCAUCAUAAAGUACACUGUGAUAAAAUGGAGAAAGAAACCUGGAAUGACAUUGGAACUUGAAGGAACAAAAGCAUCCGUUUUGAAGUUUUAUGACCACACACUUCUUUCGGUCUCUGAUGUUUUCGACCGUCAGACAUUGGGCACAUGCAAGAUGAUUAAAAUUGGCAACUCGAUUGUUCCAGUGGAAACAAAAACGAUGAUGACCUACUGGGGGAAUAAACUAAAAGGAGUCAGAAAUGGAAUGGAGCACGUGAUGAAGAUUUUUAGUUCUGAAGUUCAGAGUUACACGAUUUCGAAUGACUUGAAACCGGAUGAAAUUCACUGGCUCUUCCGAUGGAUGGCUAGUCGGAAUAUUGUAUUCACCGACUGUACUCUUCACUUUGGACAAGCUACCAUCGAAGAUCUCAACUUUUUUUUUCAAAACAUUCGAUUUGAUUCCAAAGUGAUCAUCCUUGGAAAACCACCUGAUGGCUUCCAGAUGCCUUCCACUUCCUUCUUGGGUUAUCCAUCCAAAUCAGUAGAAGUUUACAAUGGAAAUUGGCUGAAAAUCAGUGAUAUUUUUUCUAUUGAGAGUUAUACGAUUCUAUUAGUAGACACCCCAUUUUCUAGUGUGGAUAUGAAUGGAUUCUUGAAACGAUGGAAGUGUGGAAAAGCGACUACCAGACUGAAAGUUGGACUGUUUUACACGAAAGAACUGAAUAUAGAUGAUGUAUUUAAAGACAUCGAAAAGGUUGAAGUACCAAAGGAAACCAGGAGAACAUUUAAACUGAGCUAUGAUCAUUCACUCGAUAUGGAUGGUGGAUACGAUAUCAAAGGGCAGGAUGAAGUCAUUGCAACCAUUUGUGAAGUAGUCAUUGAAAAUGGAAUCCAUGUUCUAUUCAUGGCCGUUUGGCCGGAUUGGUCAACUGGCGAAGAAAGCUUCGAUGAGUGUAUUUAG